AUUCAAUAUACGCUGUUCAUCGAUUAAAUCAACAUCAUGCCUUACAGAAGUAAGGGGAGACCAAGUCUGAGCCAUAGCUUGGACAAAGAGAUCUACCAAAUUGUGCGCAAAAUUGCAGACGAGCAGCAGGCCGAGACAGGCAAGACCCGACUCACUACAUAUUCAAUAUACGAUACGAUUAGAAAGUCCAAUUCGAGUUUGAAUCGAAAACCGAAGAAACUGCUCGAAGACAGCAUUGAGCGCGUACUAGAAGUUGUUCAAAGCGAUCUUCGGGGUGACGACGAGUCGGAUUCGGUGAAUGGAGAUUUUGAGGGGUUGGAAAAUGAGAAAGUUGAUCAAAUAGAAUCCAAUGGUUUAAACAGGAGUAUUGUCAGUGCCUGGUCAACAUCUGCCAAACCGUCACCUGCUCCUCGGAAAGGAAACGAAUCAUCUGCUGUUGAAGGCUCGGCGCAAUCCACGGGGGCUAAAAGACGUCAAAAUGCGGGAGAAUCAGUACCCAAGAGGAGGAAGGCGGAUCAUACCAUAGACAAAUCACCGCCAACUCAUGUCAGUUUAUCAGAUCUCGGCGGUAUGGACGAAGUUUUGCAGGAGUUGGGAGAUUUGAUUAUAUUACCCAUGACACGCCCACAAAUUUUCACAUCCUCCAAGGUCCAACCUCCGCGUGGUGUGCUCUUACAUGGACCGCCAGGAUGUGGUAAGACUAUGCUUGCAAAUGCAUUUGCUGCCGACUUGGGUGUCCCCUUCAUCUCCAUAUCCGCUCCAUCUGUGGUCUCUGGUAUGUCUGGCGAGUCUGAAAAAGCUCUGCGAGAACAUUUCGACGAGGCAAAGAAGGUAGCUCCGUGUUUAAUCUUUAUCGACGAGAUUGAUGCAAUCACGCCGAAAAGAGAGAGCGCCCAACGAGAGAUGGAAAAGCGUAUUGUGGCCCAGUUGUUGACUUGUAUGGACGAUCUGGCCUUGGAGAAGACCAACGGCAAGCCUGUCAUUGUUCUGGCCGCUACCAAUCGACCUGAUAGCUUGGAUCCCGCAUUGCGACGAGGUGGUCGAUUCGACAAGGAGAUCAAUCUGACUGUUCCCUCGGAACCUGUGCGGGAGCAGAUUCUCCGUACUUUGACUCGGAAAAUGCAACUUGCGGAUGAUUUAGAUUUUCAGACUCUAGCUAAACGAACCGCAGGUUUCGUUGGCGCGGAUCUAAAUGAUCUGGUCUCCACUGCAGGAGCUGCGGCAAUCAAGCGAUAUCUUGAACUACUCAAGGCGAAUACUGGCGAAGAGAUGGAUAUCGAAGGGGAGACAGAGCAAGAUCUAACCGAAAAAGUCAAGGAGAUACGUCGCUUGAUCAAGCAUGCCAAAGAAGCACCUAUGGGACAGGAAACCAAUCCUGUCUUAGUAUCAAAUGCAGAUUUCUUUACAGCUUUGCCCAAGAUUCAACCCUCUUCUAAACGUGAAGGCUUCGCAACUAUCCCGGAUACUACAUGGGCAGAUAUUGGUGCUCUUGGUGGAAUUCGGGACGAAUUGGUCACAGCCGUGGUCGAUCCUAUCAAGAAUCCAGAGAUAUAUGCCAAAGUUGGCAUUACAGCGCCUACUGGUGUUCUACUCUGGGGUCCUCCCGGUUGUGGUAAGACCUUGUUAGCAAAGGCCGUCGCAAAUGAAUCCCGUGCAAACUUCAUUAGUAUCAAGGGCCCCGAACUUUUGAAUAAAUACGUCGGUGAAUCGGAGCGAGCAGUUCGUCAAGUCUUUGUUCGUGCCAGGUCAUCUAUUCCCUGUGUAAUCUUCUUCGACGAAUUGGAUGCCCUGGUACCCCGUCGAGACGACGCGCUAUCCGAAAGCUCCGCACGAGUCGUCAACACCCUCUUGACUGAACUCGAUGGCCUAGGUAGCAACCGCCAAGGAAUUUAUAUAAUCGCAGCCACAAAUCGACCCGACAUAAUCGAUCCCGCUAUGCUUCGACCAGGCCGUCUUGAGACUUUACUAUUCGUCAAUUUACCGGGACCAAGUGAACGUGCGGAGAUCCUGGAAACACUCGUUCGCAACCUACCUAUUGAAUUCAACGACCAAAUGCGCACCUUGGCUGAAAGUUGCGAGGGUUAUAGUGGUGCGGAUAUUGGCAGUUUAUUGCGCAGGGCUGGUUAUUCGGCCAUUAAGAGAAGGGAUAUGAUUCGUUUUGAGGAUUUUGUGGCUGCGAAAGAGCAUAUUAGACCUAGUGUGACGGAUAUGAGGAAGUAUGAGAGGUUGAGGAGGGAUUGGAGUAGCGGUGCGGUAUAGUUUCUAUUGUUGAUAGAUGACAUUAAGUAUUUAGAUAUUCUUGCGAACGUGAUAUUAUCA